GUCGUUCUUUCUCGCUCGUAUCGCAUGCGCCUUCCUCUCUGGUACUUGCUCGAAGCACUUUCGUGGUCGUCCCGACUCGGCACGACCGACCCAGCACCUCCUCCAGAUAGGACUCUAACUCCAUCCCAAUCGACCUCGCUCUCGUUCAAUCUACGACACGUUCACGCCCAAUCAGCCAACUCUUCUCACAUCCUCUUCGCCGACGUUCGACCACCCUCCUUAUCGUCGCGGCGUUUAGAUGAGCCCGAGCUCACUUUCACCCUUGACACUGAGACCAUCCUUACACACCGACCGUCAUCGCCAGCUGCCUUCUAUGCUGCGCGUUCCGGCUCACGUCUCGCCCAAACCCCGAUCGACCUCUGGGUACCGGAUUCCAUACCAGCGCCGAACACAUCCUCACGCCACACCCUCCACACGUUGGCAAAGAUGACUUCCAACGCGUAUACGAGCCCAAGCGAGUCUGACUGGUAUCCUCUUCCGUCGCCGUUCAACUCGACCAAUGGCACUGCUCCCCCGUCGAUACCAUUUGGCUGGGAACCCGAUGCUGAUGGAUUCAGAGGGCACAUCUUCGUUUCCGAGGAUAACGCGACCGUUGUAAUCUCGAUCAAGGGAACUUCUGCAGGAUGGAUAUUCGGUGGUGGCGGCCCAACCGUGUCCAAAGAUAAGCUCAACGACAACAUGCUAUUCAGCUGCUGCUGCGCCCGCGUUGGGCCGACAUGGAGCACUGUUUGCGGAUGCUAUGGGGGUAGUGGGAAAUGUGAUCAGAGGUGUCUGGAGACUAGCGUUGCAAAGGAGAGUCUAUUCUAUAGCGUUGGUGUGGAUUUAUACAAUAACGUAACAUACCUCUAUCCCAAUGCCAAUAUAUGGCUCGUCGGACACUCGCUCGGAGGUUCUCUAGCCUCCCUUUUGGGUUCAACGUUCGGUUCACCGGUUGUUGCUUUCGAAGCACCUGGCGAACGCUUGGCCGCACAACGACUACACCUGCCAGGACCACCGAACAACAAUCACAUCACCCAUGUCCUUCACACUGCUGAUCCUCUGGCUAUGGGAACCUGCACGGGUGUCUCGAGCGUUUGCGGCAUCGCGGGCUAUGCGAUGGAGUCGCAUUGCCACAUGGGUAAUAUACGCAGAUACGACACAAUUUCAAAUCUCAACUGGGCGGCUGACAUACGCACUCAUGGGAUCAGGGUCAUCGUCGAGAAGCUCCUUGCAGACGACUGGAACACGCUCACCGGUCACAAUGAGACUAAGGAAGUCCCAGAUUUCGACAACGAUGAUGAUUGCGUGGAUUGUUAUAACUGGGAGUUUGGUGAUUAUAAAUAGUGGCCUCUCGUCGCGACGAGUACUUGAAUUUAGACGAUAUAUGGGGUUCAGCAUGUAAUAUAUAAGGGCGUAUAAUACACAAGG